AUGGCCCUUCUCUUUCUUCGUACCUUCACAGGAACUAUGUUUCUGGAUCCUAUUCCAGCCAAUGCCCAUCGCCACACUCUGUUUUUUGAAAACCGUCAGAUUUUACCUACCUAUCAUGUUCAACUUGAUGAACUGGCUGAGGUAGGACUUGAUGUGCGUCCUUUUAUCCAAAAUCUUGGCUGGAAUUUUCUUCUGUACCACCAGUUUUCAACCAUAGUUUGUCCUGAUGCAGUCCGGUUCUUUUACUCAAACCUUCGGUUUACUGCUGUGCACUCCCGUUUUUUCACCACCCUUGUCUUUGGAAAUCUUCUCACUGUUCCUGUCGCUGAAAUUGAGCGUGCUCUUAACAUCCCUGUCAAUGGCGAGAAUCUUGCAGACGAGUCUGAACUCGGUCUGUUUAACUUUGAUCUCGCUGAAGAAUUCCAUCAGCUUACUGGUCAGUUUCCUGGUCCAAAUCUCUCUAUGCCUGUCUCUGCCCACUACAAGAAAAAAGGGUUUUGCCAACCAUUAAAAAAGGUCGCUGAAAGAUAA